UCAGUUAGAGACGACGAUUGGUCUCAGUAACAAGUUAAACGUCUUCUACCAACGUAUAAAAUAUUCAGUUUUCUUGGCGGUUCUCAAAUAUUUUAUACUUGUUAUUAAACUUAUAAUUAUUGGAUUUUAUUAAUAAUUAUAUUUGAAAUCUUUACUUUAAAAUGUUCGUGAACUUUAAUUAUUAUCAUUUUUAUCGUUCGAUAUUCUUUUGUCUCGUUGCAUUAUUAGUUAACGUUAAUAUAAAUUGUUAUGCUUAUACGCCUCCAAGCGCAACUGUGGAACCUCUUUAUCCGAAAGGAUUACGUAUAUCUGUACCUCACGAACAGGGUAUCACGUUGGUUGCUUAUCAUGUGAAGUUCAAUGAGGAUUUUUAUUCGUUAGAAGCAGGAGUAAUUAGUAUUGAUAUUAUAAAACCUCGCAAUGGCCGAUGGGUGUAUGAAGAUCAUACUACCGAACUUAAAGAAGGAGAUAUGAUUUAUUUUUGGGUACAUGUUGUUUAUCAAGGAUUAGGAUAUAAUCUUUUAAAUCAAGAGCACAGAGUAACUGAAUUUUAUAAUUACGAUGGAACAUCAGUUCAUGCAAACAACGCAGGAAAUUGUGAAACGCCUUCGAUAACAAAAGUACUCGAUAGGGAUGGAAAAUUGCAAAAUGUUUGCACGAAUCAAUUGAUCUUCGAAGAUAAUUUUAAUAAUCUUAAUACAACACGAUGGACUGUACUUGAACAAUUUUCAUUUACUCCAGAUUACGAGUUUGUCAUUUAUAACAACAGUGAUGAUAAUGUGAGCAUAAAGAAUCAACAAUUAGUAAUAAUUCCGACGUUUUUGGAUGAAAAACGGGGCGCUGAUUUUGUACGACGAGGGACAUUGAAUUUAGAGAGAUGUACGUCUACCGAUAGUAAUAACUGUAGACUCGAAGCUGUUGGAUCACGUAUCUUACCACCGAUAUUGUCCGGUCGUCUUAAUAGUAAAAAUUCUUUUGCGUUUCUUUAUGGACGCGUUGAAGUAAGAGCUAAAUUACCACGUGGCGAUUGGAUAUAUCCUUUGAUAAGCUUGGAAAUAGCAAAUGAUAAUAAACAAGAAGGAUGGACUCAACCUUUGAUAAGGGUUGCAUCUGCUUCCGGUAAUCCGAUAUUAAGAUCACAACAAGGUACUGACCUAAGUGGUUAUGUUCUUUGUGCUGGAGCAUUAUCACCAGUUCAAACGAAUCAAGGUCAAAGUCCUUACACCGCUCGAGCAGAACUUUUGCGAAGAAAUUCUGGUAUACUCUGGUCCGAAGACUUUCACACUUACGAGAUUGAAUGGAGAGAAGAUCGUAUUCUUGCUAAAGUUGAUAAGACGAUCUACGGUGAACAAAAGAUUACAGAAAAUGCUUUCAAUCAACCGUUUUACUUAACCUUGGGUUUAGCCGUUGGUGGCCGUGGUGAGUUCCCAGAUUUAUGUAUGAGCGACAAUUACAUGAAACCUUGGAAGAACGUUGGAUCAAAGGCCGUUCUCGAUUUUUAUGAAGCACGAGAUAAUUGGGCACGAACGUGGAAUAAAGAAAGCUCAGAUCUAAAAAUUGAUUACGUCAAAGUUUGGUCAGUGUGAUCAUGUUCGUAAUUUUAUAUAUUCCUUGUUUUUUCAUUAUAUUAUAUAUAUUUACCAUGUCAACAGAAUUGUUAUAAACGUUUACGAAUUUA